GGCUGCCCUCCCGGCUCCUCGCCCCGCCCACUGCUUGCAGGAAAGGAAACCGAAAGUGCGCGGCGUCAGGCGGGGCCGCGGACCUGCCUGGGCCAGACCCCGGGCGUGAGCCGGCGCCGGCGGUGACCUGAGGACGCUCCACAGCCGGAUAACUAAAAAUAGGGUGAACGUGGAAGAAUUCAAGUGACUUGGACAUGGAAGACAGAAGAGCUUGUCCAGAGGCCAGGCCCAGGAAUCCCAGUGCCAACUGCAGAGGGCCUAUGGAUGGAGAAUUACCACCAAGAGCUAGAAAUCAGGCCAAUAACCCACCCGCUAGUGCUCUCAGAAGAGGAGCCAACCAGCCUGCAAGGCAUCCAAGGGCCAACAACCAUCCUGUUCCUUGCCAACAAAGAGAAGAGAGAUUUAGGGCCAUGGGCAGAAACCCACAUCAGGGAAGGAGAAAUCAUGAGGGGCAUGCCAGUAAUGAUAGAGACCAAAGACAUGGUCAGGAGAAUGACACUAAGCAGAGAAACGGAAACCAGGAUGGAAGGAACCACAGACCACCACAGUCCAGUGAAAACUUUCAUCAGCGGUGGAUCCCCCACCAGAAGCCAGCAGAACAGCCGCAGCAAGUGAAGAGAUUGGGCUACAAGUUCCUAGAAAGUCUUCUUCAAAAAGAUGCCUCUGAGGUGGUCAUCACACUUGCUACAAGUUUAGGGCUGGAGGAACUCCUAUCUCAUUCUUUCAUGAAAUCUAACUUCCUUGAGCUCAUCUGCCAGGUUCUUCGGAAGGCUUUCAGCUCCAAAAUGGACCGGCAGAGUGUUCUCCAUGUGCUGGGCAUAUUAAAGAAUUCCAGAUUCCUGAAAGUCUGCCUGCCUACUUAUGUGGUAGGGAUGAUCACUGAACCCAUCCCUGACAUUCGAAACCAGUAUCCAGAACACAUUAGCAACAUCAUCUCCCUCCUCCAGGACCUAGUAAGUGUCUUCCCUGCCAGCUCUGUGCAGGAAACUUCCAUGCUCGUUUCCCUCCUGCCAGUUUCUCUUAAUGCUUUAAGAGCCUCAGGUGUUAAUAUAGAAGAAGAGACAGAGAAGAACCUGGAAAAGGUACAGGCUAUCAUUGAACAUCUGCAGGAAAAGAGGCGAGAGGGCACUUUAAGAGUGGACACCUAUACUCUAGUUCAGCCUGAGGCAGAAGACCAUGUUGAGAGCUACCGAACCAUGCCCAUUUACCCUACCUACAAUGAAGUGCACUUGGAUGAGAGGCCCUUCCUUCGCCCCAACAUCAUCUCUGGAAAAUAUGACAGCACUGCUGUCUAUCUGGAUACCCACUUCCGACUCCUGCGAGAAGAUUUUGUCAGACCCCUACGGGAAGGCAUUUUGGAACUUCUCCAGAGCUUUGAAGACCAGGGCCUGAGGAAGAGAAAGUUCGAUGACAUCCGAAUCUACUUUGAUACCAGGAUUAUCACCCCUGUGUGUUCAUCAACAGGCAUUGUCUACAAGGUGCAGUUUGACACAAAACCACUGAAGUUUGUUCGCUGGCAGAAUUCCAAGCGAUUGCUCUAUGGCUCCUUAGUGUGCAUGUCCAAAGACAACUUUGAAACAUUUCUUUUUGCCACCGUGUCUAAUCGGGAGCAGGAAGAUCUCUGCCAAGGAAUUGUCCAGCUCUGUUUCAAUGAACAGAGCCAGCAGCUGCUAGCAGAGGUCCAGCCCUCUGACUCUUUUCUCAUGGUAGAGACAACUGCAUACUUUGAGGCCUACAGGCACGUCCUAGAAGGACUCCAGGAGGUCCAAGAGGAGGAUGUCCCCUUUCAGAGAAACAUUGUUGAGUGUGACUCUCAUGUGAAGGAGCCAAGGUACUUGCUAAUGGGGGGCAGAUAUGAUUUCACCCCCUUAAUAGAGAAUCUCUUGGCCACUGGGGUAUGUCUGAGGAAUGCUGAGAGCUUGAGGUAUCAGAGAGUUAAUAUCUUAGACCACAGUCAGUGGCCCUCAAAAGAAGCCCUGAAGCUGGAUGACUCCCAGAUGGAAGCCUUACAGUUUGCUCUCACAAGGGAACUGGCUAUUAUUCAAGGACCUCCUGGAACAGGCAAAACCUAUGUGGGUCUAAAAAUUGUUCAAGCCCUGCUAACCAACGAGUCUGUUUGGCAAAUUAGCCCCCAGAAGUUCCCUAUCUUGGUUGUGUGUUAUACUAAUCAUGCUUUGGACCAGUUUCUGGAAGGCAUCUACAAGUGUCAAAAGACCAGCAUCGUGAGGGUGGGUGGAAGGAGCAACAGUGAAAUCCUGAAGCAGUUCACCCUGAGGGAGCUAAGGAAUAAGCGAGAAUUCCGCCGCAACCUCCCUAUGCACCUCCGAAGGGCCUACAUGAGUAUCAUGACACAAAUGAAGGAGUCAGAGCAAGAACUUCAUGAAGGGGCCCAGACCCUGGAGUGCACCAUGCACGGCGUCCUGCGGGAACAGCAUCUGGAAAAAUAUAUCUCUCUCCAGCACUGGCAGAGCCUGAUGAAUGGACCAGUACAGGAUACGGAAUGGGUUUGCUUCCAGGGCUGGAAACAUUCCAUGAUGCUGGAGUGGCUGGGUCUGGGUGUCAGUUCUUUCACCCAAAGUGUUGCUCCAGCAGGGCCUGAAAAUACAGCCCAGGCAGAAGGGGAGGAAGAGGAAGAAUGUGAUGAGGAGGCUUCACUCAUCGAGAUUGCAGAGGAGGCCGACCUGAUUCAAGCAGACCGGGUGAUAGAGGAGGAAGUAGUGGUGAAGCCCCGACGGCAGAAGAAGGAAAAGAACGGGGCAGUCGAGGAAUUGGCUAAAGUGCUUCUGGCCAUGAGGCUAGACAACUAUGGCCCCGGGACAGCAGCUGGUCAAGAGCAAGCCGGAGAGUGGGAGACACAGCGCAACCAGAAAAAGAAAAUGAAGAAGAAAGUGAAGAUUGAGCUUCGCAAACUGAACACCAUGACCGAGGCUGAGGCCAGAGAAAUCCAGGAUGUGUGGCAGCUGGACCUGAAUUCUCGCUGGCAGCUUUAUAGGUUGUGGCUACAAAUGUACCAGGCUGACACCCGCCGGAAGAUUCUCAACUAUGAACGCCAGUACCGCACAUCAGCAGAGAGAAUGGCUGAACUGAGGCUCCAGGAAGACCUGCAUAUACUUAAAGAUGCCGAAGUCAUAGGGAUGACAACUACAGGUGCUGCCAAAUACCGCCAGAUCCUACAGAAGGUGGAACCUCGGAUUGUUAUUGUGGAAGAGGCUGCUGAAGUCCUUGAGGCUCACACAAUUGCCACACUGAGCAAAGCUUGCCAGCAUCUCAUUCUGAUUGGAGACCACCAGCAGCUGCGCCCCAGUGCCAAUGUGUAUGACCUGGCCAAGAACUUCAACCUUGAGGUGUCCCUCUUUGAACGACUAGUGAAAGUAAACAUUCCCUUUGUCCGUCUGAAUUACCAGCACCGCAUGCGCCCUGAAAUUGCCCGGCUUUUAACCCCCCACAUUUACCAGGACCUGGAGAAUCAUCCGUCUGUUCUCAAAUAUGAGAACAUUAAAGGUGUCUCUUCCAACCUCUUCUUUGUAGAACACAACUUCCCUGAACAGGAAAUCCAAGAAGGCAAAAGCCACCAGAAUCAGCAUGAGGCUUGCUUUGUGGUGGAGCUGUGCAAGUACUUUCUGUGCCAGGAAUACCUGCCCUCCCAGAUCACCAUCCUCACCACCUAUACCGGGCAGCUUUUCUGCCUGCGCAAACUCAUGCCUGCCAAGACAUUUGCAGGUGUCAAGGUGCAUGUUGUGGACAAAUACCAGGGGGAAGAAAAUGAUAUCAUCCUCCUCUCAUUAGUGCGAAGCAACCAAGAAGGCAAGGUGGGGUUUCUCCAGAUUUACAACCGCAUCUGUGUGGCCUUAUCUCGGGCCAAAAAGGGGAUGUACUGCAUUGGAAACAUGCCUAUGUUGGCCAAGGUGCCCUUGUGGAGCAAGAUCAUCCAUAGCCUUCGAGAAAACAAUCAGAUAGGCCCCACACUCCGGCUGUGCUGCCAGAACCACCCUGACACCCACACCUUGGUAUCCAAAGCUUCUGACUUCCAAAAAGUGCCAGAAGGAGGCUGCAGCCUGCCCUGUGAGUUCCGGCUGAGCUGCGGACAUGUCUGCACCCGUGCCUGCCACCCCUAUGACUCCUCACACAAGGAAUUCCAGUGCAUAAAGCCAUGCCAGAAGGUCAUCUGUGAAGAUGGGCACCGGUGCCCCCUUGUUUGCUUCCAGCAGUGUCAGCCCUGUCAGGUUACAGUGCCCAAAACCAUUCCUCGGUGUGGCCAUCAACAAAUGGUCCCUUGUUCCAUGCCUGAGUCAGAUUUCUGCUGCCAAGAGCCUUGCCUCAAGCUCUUGAAAUGUGGGCACAAAUGCAGCCACCCUUGUGGUGAGGACUGUGUGCGGUUGUGUUCCGAAAUGGUCACUGUGAAACUCAAGUGUGGGCAUAGCCAACAAGUAAAGUGUGGUAAUGUAGAGGAUCUCAAGCAUGAUCUGCCAGUCAAGUGCACCACAGCAUGUGGCACUAUCUUGGACUGUGGGCAUCCUUGCCCUGGCUCCUGCCACAGCUGCUUUGAAGGGCGCUUCCAUGAACGCUGUCAGCAGCCCUGCAAGCGCCUACUCAUCUGCUCACACAAGUGCCAGGAGCCAUGCAUCGGUGAGUGCCCGCCCUGCCAGCGGACCUGUCAGAACCGCUGUGUCCAUAGCCAGUGCAAGAAGAAGUGUGGGGAGCUAUGCAGCCCCUGUGUGGAACCCUGUGUCUGGCACUGCCAGCACUACCAGUGCACCAAACUCUGCUCUGAGCCCUGCAACCGACCCCCAUGCUACGUGCCUUGUACUAAGAUGUUGGUCUGUGGCCACCCCUGCAUUGGUCUGUGUGGGGAGCCAUGCCCCAAGAAGUGCCGUGUCUGCCAUCAGGACGAGGUUACCCAGAUCUUCUUUGGUUUUGAAGAUGAGCCUGAUGCCCGCUUUGUGCAGCUAGAAGACUGCAGCCACUUCUUUGAGGUACAAGCCCUAGACCGCUACAUGAAUGAGCAGAAGGAUGAUGAUGUUGCCAUCAAGUUGAAGGUCUGCCCUGUUUGCCAGGUACCCAUCCGCAAAAACCUGAGAUAUGGAACCAGCAUCAAACAGCGGCUGGAAGAGAUUGAAAUCAUCAAGGAAAAGAUCCAGGGUUCAGCAAGGGAAAUUGCAACCAGCCAAGAACGACUUACGGCCCUGUUGGAGAGGAAGAGUCUCCUCUCCCAGGCACUUCCUGGAGACUUCUGGGUGCUAAAAGAGAAGCUGGCCCAGAAAAACCUGUCAAUGAAGGACCUGGGCCUUGUUGAGAAUUACAUCAGCUUCUAUGACCACUUGGCCAGCCUGUGGGAUUCCUUAAAUAAGGUGCACAUCCUAGAACAAAACAGAGUGAGGACUCGGCUAAACCAGGUCCACGAAUGGCUAGCAAAGAAACGUCUGAGCUUUACCAGCCAGGAACUGGGUGAUCUCCAAAGUGAAAUUCAGAGGCUCACGUACCUGCUGAACCUCCUGACCCGCUGCAAGAUGGCAGAGGGAAAGGUGAGAGGUAGCAUAGCAGAAGAGGUCUACAAUGUCCAGAAGAUCCUUGAGAGAACAUGUAAGUUCACCCGGGAGGAUGAACGGCUUGUGCAGGAAAAGAUGGAAGCUCUGAAAGCCACCCUUCCCUGCUCUGGCCUGGGCAUCUCUGAGGAAGAACGAGUACAGAUUGUCAACGCUAUGGGUUUUCCUCGUGGCCACUGGUUCAAGUGUCCCAAUGGCCACAUCUACGUGAUUAGUGAUUGCGGGGGAGCCAUGCAGAGGGGCACAUGUCCUGACUGUAAGGCAGUGAUUGGAGGUAUAAAUCAUACUCUGGAAAGGAGCAACCAGCUUGCUUCUGAGAUGGAUGGAGCACAGCAUGCUGCCUGGUCUGAGGCCAACAACUUGAUGAACUUUGAGGAGAUCCAGAGGAUGAUGUAGGAAGUUGGCACACCACUGCCUUUUGCCCUGGCCACCACAUGGCUGGGGUCGGCUCCCUUUAGGCGGAACCGAAGUUCGUUUUUUAUUAUUGAUCUUUAGUCAUAGCACCUUUUAAGGAUCCUCUUUUAGGGCUUGCCCACAUUUGUUUCCAAAUUUACCCCUGUGCUAGAGUAAGCACUUUACCUCCAGAACCAAAAGCAAAGUUAACAGAUUUCUUUUUCUCUCUUGCAAGACUCCCUAGAGCAUAUCUGGGGCUUCCACCUAGGGCUACCUAAUGAUAGAUCGCUGGGUCCUGACUUGGUCAGAUGUUUUCUUUGCAAUGCUGCCGGGCCACACAGUAUAAGCUCAGUUUGAUUCUUCUUGCCAGGCCCAAACUUGCAGACUAGCUUUCAUUCUAAUACUGACCCAGAGUUGUUGUUUAUGAUGUACUUGUCCUUUCAAGGAGCACAAAAAUCCCUCCUGCCCUAACCCUGACCCAGUUACAUGUUCACUGAAAGUAGGAAAAGCAUGACCACCAAUGUCUGGGGGCUUAUGUAACAGGCCCAGGCUAUCUAAGAAGUGAUCCCCUUAACCUUUUUCCUUCGAGUUAGUUUUGGGAUGAUGGAAGCUGCUUUGCCUGUGGAGAGGUUCAGCAGCAGUGCUACUCCCCCUGGAUCCUGAAUGGAACUAAGCUCACAUUCAGUCCCGGCAGCACCUAUCCAAAGUAUGACCUUUUGUCCUGACACCUGCAGCUUUUGCCUGGGCAGGGUUAGCAUGCCAGCAGCUUCUGCAGGCCCUAGACCCACACCAGAAGCCAGCCUCCCAGGCCUGCUGCCUGUAUAAGCAUUCCCUCAGUCCAGUAUUCCCUAGAACAGACACUUAGGCAUCUCAGGUCCUUUCUGAUGUUGGCAGAAAAACGUCCCUUCCCUAUGUAUGCAUUUCCUUUUUUGUCUUUACUAUAUGCACUUUAGCCUAUAAAGCCAAUUAAUAAAAAUGAGAAAAUCAAAA